CCUCCUUGUUGUAUGUUGUCAACCCGCUGAUCCUGCAAGCUAACUAGCGCAGACGUAGAGCAACUAGCUAGCAUGCGAAGUAAAUCGAUGGGUGAGCUAUAAUUCGACUGAGUUUAACGUUACUCGUUGGAUGUAGAAUAAUUCCUUUCAAUCGCUGACAUUGGCUGUGGUUGUCCUGGAGUCGUCAAGAAAGGCAAGACAUUAACGCGUUAGCCUGUUUUCUACAAAGUUGCUAACCAGAUGCGUUGACAGCUAGCUAGCUACUGUAGCUUGGCAGCUAACUAUCCGUAUUGAGUUACCACAGCAAAGCUACGUAGUACGUGGUCUCAACCCUGCACUUCCGAGCCGUCGCCGUCCUAUCAAGCAAUUUUAGGAUUUUACUUGGUUAAAGACCUCUCAUGUCAAUGACACUCUUCACAAAGUGGUCCCUAUUGCUAUGAGGAUCUGCAGAGCCCAGUUGUAAGCCUGAGCCAUGAACUCCGUGUCUCCCAGUGCAGUUCAGUAUGUGGGGGGAGUAGGAGUGGUGUGUCAGGAUGACACCUUCCAGAGAGAGGAGACCAAGAGGUCUCAGCAGCCCCAGCUGGUGGACCCUGGCGGAGGAAGUAGCUUUGGGAACCGGCAGGGUACUGAUGUCGGUGGGGGUGGAACCAGAGAGGCCACCACCGCUGGAGAGCCAGACGAGGUGGACAAACUCAAGACCAAACUGAUGUCGGCGUGGAAUAAUGUCAAAUACGGCUGGUCGGUCAAGUCGAAGACCACAUUCAACAAGAGCUCUCCGGUGACUGUAAUGGGCCACUCCUAUCUGCUCAAUAGUGAAGGCGAGGUGGAGCGGUUCAGACGGGCGUUCGUGUCUCGGCUGUGGCUGACCUACCGUAGGGAGUUCCCCCAGCUGGAGGGCUCCACCUUGACUACAGACUGUGGCUGGGGCUGCAUGCUGCGGAGCGGACAGAUGCUGCUGGCCCAGGGCCUACUGCUACAUCUGCUGCCACGAGACUGGUCGUGGCCAGACGCCCAGCAGUUCGCCGACGUGGACUUUGAGGCUCUGAGACCCCGCUCCCCGUCCCGCGCUGGGGGCGUACCCAUCCCCUCCUUCGGCUACUCCUCCUCCUCGCGGACCCCCACCACGCCCCAGAAGACCUCCAUGCCAGGGGGCACGGCUCUCAACCAUACCCAGAAGAAGAGGCCCGAGUCGUGCAGGGACAGGCAGGCUGAGCCCCUCCACCGGAGGGUUGUGGCCUGGUUUGGGGAUGAGCCCCCGGCCCCGUUUGGGGUGCACCAGCUGGUAGAAUUGGGGAAGAGCUCAGGGAAGAAGGCGGGGGACUGGUACGGCCCCUCAGUGGUGGCACACAUACUACGAAAAGCAGUUGCCAAGACUUCUGAGGUUCACAACCUGGCUGUAUAUGUAGCGCAGGACUGUACUGUGUACAAAAAGGACGUGGUGCAUCUGUGUGACCAGUCGUUGAACCAGAGUAUAUCAGAUCCUGAGCCCAGUGGUCCAGGCUGGAAGUCUGUCAUCAUACUGGUUCCAGUCCGACUAGGAGGAGACUCUCUCAACCCCUCCUACAUCGAGUGUGUCAGGAACAUUCUCAGGUUAGAAUGCUGUAUCGGAAUCAUCGGCGGCAAACCCAAGCAUUCGCUGUUCUUUAUCGGCUGCCAAGACGAGCAGCUGCUGUAUCUGGACCCUCACUACUGUCAGGCCGUGGUGGAUGUCACUCAAGACAACUUCCCACUGGAGUCGUUCCACUGUAGCUCGCCCAGGAAGAUGCCCUUCAGUCGCAUGGACCCCAGCUGUACUAUAGGCUUCUACGCCAAGAACAAGAAGGACUUUGAGUCUCUGUGUUCUGCCGUCUGUGUGGCCCUAUCGUCGCCCGACGAGAAGUACCCCAUCUUUACCUUCGUGGAGGGCCAGGCCCAGGACUAUGGACUGGUGGGCCACAGCUCCUCCCAUCCUCACUCUGACACCUCCCCCACCCUUGGCCCCGCCCACAUGCUGCCCCAAGGCAAGCUCAGCAGGAGCAACAACAUAGGCAGCUCUGACGACUUUGUCUUCCUUGUUGUCAGCAGUCCAGUCAUGUGAUGAUCUUGCUCUCAUGGAUGUGCUCCAUCUACAUCGUGUAUCAUGUGACACACUAAAACAACAGUGGCUUGCUUUAGUUUUCAUGUCCUGGAAAUGGCACUGUGUGCAACAGGGAUCCUCUAAGGGGCAAAUCUUGACUUUCACUUAACCUGAAUGUUCACUGAUCAUUCAUUGAAGUCAAUGGGAGAGUAAGUGAAAAUGUGAGGUUAGGAUUCACCCCAGUAAUCUGUCUAUUUCACUCUUAUCCAUGUGUAUAUUAUCUCAUAAAGGUGACAUUUAUUUUCUCAAUAAAGUGAAGAAUUGUCAUGUGUAGAAGUCUUAAAUGUGCUAAUGACCACCCUAAUAGGGGACUGCAUUCAUGUGGACAACAUGACUUUGUAAAACUGUUGUAUAGAAUGUUAUUAAAGGUAACUUUUUUUGUAUUUAUUGUCUGAAUAUAAGAUUGAUUGAA